GACAGUGUGUGUGUAUCCUUUUUUGACUCGCGAUCGCCGUGCCAAAAUUUCUGAAAAAAUGGAUCAAAUUCGGGUAAUUUAAGAAAUGCAUCUAAAUUCUAUAAAGGACUAUAUUCGCAGCUCACUUUUAUCAAUAAAUGUGCAUAUUUAUUUAUGAUAUUCUAUAAUAUAUGUAACGUGAACUAUAUACUAAAUGCACGCAUUUAUCAUAAAAGUGAGCUGAGAAUAUGGACCAAAAUGUUUAAAUAAUGCAUUUAAUUACUUGGAUAUAAAUCAGUACAUCGGUUGCAUAGUAUGACAAAAGAAUUUCAAUUUAUGUCCGAUAACUAUGGUAUAUUCAUUUGCAUGUCUGGACUAUUUUCAACAGCUUACUGCAGCUUAUACAUUUUCACUUAUGUAUUUCCUUUUUAAAAUACAGCAUAAAUGUGGAUAUUGUGGGUGGCUCUUUAGUUCACCACAAAUUUUAUUGAUCAUAAGUGCUUCAAGCAGUACGUUGAAGGAGAAGACCACAUCAGCAUCGAUGAAAACCAUAUCGUAACAAUAAGUAUAAUUUGUUGGCAAGAACCGCUAAUACAAGAUUAGAAUCCAUGUUUAAGAGAUUCCAGGUUUUUUGUGCUAGACACGCGUCGUCAACCAGUCAACCACUCCGUAUACUUUAUUUAGGUUAUUUCAUGCAUACUCGUACAUACAUUACACACAUAUAUUACGCUUCAACACAUUCUUACAUCAAAGUAUCUAUUUCACAUGACGCGUAUUUAGCAAUACGCUUAAAUAAUAACAACCAAUCGAUUAAUUUCUGUUGUACUGUACAACAGAAGUCCUGAUCUGUUAUUAGUCAGGCUUGUUACGCUUUAUGCGCAUUUAACGCAAAGUACGCGCCAUGUAAAAUGGAAUUUUCAGAAUAGCGUACAUUCUAGUAAUUUACUAGAAUACGCAGUGUGCCUAUUCUAGCUACUCACUAGGUUACGCAGGUUACGCUUACGCAAGUUACGCUCCAUGUAACGGCACCCUCAUGCAUUUGGUGAUAUUAGCGCGAAAUUUAAUUACAUAGUUUAGGUUAGAGUUCGAUCAAGUAGCUUUAUAUAACUCGAUUCGAUAUUAUAUCUACAAUGGCGAAUAAAAUUACCGUUCCAGUUCUUUUCGGUGAAAAAGAAAAAUUGUUUACAAUUACAGUAUCACCUGAAGAAUAUGAAGGAAUAAUGAAUGGAGAUCAAGAGAUACUUCAAAACUUAGUUACUAAGGAAAUGGAGAAAAGAAGCACUGCUACGAUUCAACAUCUUGUCAAUUCCAAUGAUCAAGAUUUGAAGAGUUCAGAAACUGUAGUAUCACUCGAAAGUGAUGCUAAAGAAAACAAAGAUGUAUCACUUGAAAAUGAUGCUAAAAAAAACAAAGAUGAAAAAGAAACAUUUACUUGGCCUGAGAAAGCUGUCAUGCUUUGUUUAGAAUUGUAUCGUGAAAGAGAACAUGAAUUCACUGCUGGACUAAAACGACAUAAUAAAUUAUGGGCCGAAAUUGUCUCUGAAUUACGGAACUAUAAUUACAAUGUUUCUGCUGUUCAAGUUCAAAAUAAACUGUCCAGUUUAAAAAGAACUUAUAAGAAAAGUAAAGAUUCCAACGCUAAAAGUGGCAAUCAUAACAGUUGUUGGGCGUACUAUUCUAUUAUGAAUUCUUUAUUUGGUGAAAAAAGCUGGGUUUCUCCUGUAGCUGUAGCAAGCAGUGAUGGACCAAUCGCACCUAGUGCAUUAGCAUCUUCGUCAUCUUCAAUAUGUCAUUCUUCAUCACCAUCUCCUAUAGAUAAGUUUGAAUAUCAGGAUAGCUCCUCGAAACCCAAAAAAAGAAAAGUGAAAACCAUUUUGGAUUCUUUCGUAUCGGAUAUACAGCGUAAUAGAGAUCAAAUGAAAGAAGAAAGAAGAGAACAACGUCUGGAAAAAGAAAAAAGAAAAGAACAAAGAUGGGAAGCUUCUAGAGCAGAAAAAAAAGAGAUGCAUAACGAAACUUCUGAAAUCCAAAGAUCCCUUGUUAGCCUUUUGGGUAAACUUAUAGAAAAACAAAACGAAUCUAAAUAAUUUUUUUAAUAUACAAUCUUAUAUUUCAUUAAUGUGAUAAUUUUGAGGAUAUGUAAUUAAUAGUUGAGUAUUUUUUGUUAUUAAAAACUUAAAGCUGAUUUAUAAGAUAUGCAAGAUUAUGCAUAUUUUGUCUUAUGUAUACUAAUGUUAUAUGUUAAAUUGAUUUAUAUUUAUUGUUUGUAAGUUGAUUCUGCUCUCUAAGCCUGGUCUAAAAUGCCCUAUUGCCAGUUGCAAAAACGUUUGUCAAACUAGCUCUGUACUGAUUGGAUUGCAAAUGCAUUGUAGAAGUAUAUAUAAGUUAUUUUAUGUUGGCAUUUUUAGUUAUCAACAAUGUAUUUAAAGUUUCUAAAUGAAUAACAUUUUAGUUUUUGUACCAAAGAUGCAAUCAACUUUAAAGGAUUUAAGGUGGAUUUUAAAUAAGUAAAAAUAGAUUUAAAUUGUUUUCUUACUAAAGAUUGUUUUCUUUUUCAUUGUAUAAUACAAUUCAAGCCAUUAUACCUUUGUCUUUCAAAUUAUAAAGUUUUUUUUAAUAUUAAAUAUCUCUAUUAGUAUUGCAAAACAUUUUAUUAAAUAAAUUUAGUAAUAUUUUAUGAAUAAUUUUAUUUUAUUUUAUAUAAUUUGUACAUUGUAUGGAUAAGUCUAUUGUUAUUACAUGAAUAAAAUAUUACAUUGAACAAAAUAUACUAUUUAUUAUUACUAUGUGCAUAUAUUAUUAUUAUUUAUUUCCUUAUGCCUUUCGGCUUCGGAUGAACCUCCGACCCGUACAGUACAUAAAACAAUAAAUCUUCAGAUAACCCUGAGAACUUAUCUUCUGAAAACUUCAAACUAAAAACUAACACUAUUAAACUCUAAAGUACUAAUAUUCUAUAAACUAAAAUAAACUCCAACAACUCGAUAACCUCGAUAAUCUCGCA